AUGGCCUCAUCGCCGCUCGAUGACAGCAUCUUUGCGCAACUUCGCCAACCCUUGGAUCCCAAAGUCCUCGCCGAACGCGAAAAUGCCGUCACUGAACGAAUCCAAGGCCAGUCCGAGAAGGCGCGGCAACGGGAGAGUGAGCUCAUCGACAUCAACUCCUCCAGACCGGUAACCGUCUCCUCCGUCCGCGUCAUCGGCGCCAACAACACCCGCCACUCCUUCCUGCAGCGCAUCUUCCAACCCCUCCUCGACCGAAACCAGCCCGGGGCCGGCCCCUACACUCUUCGCGAUGCUCUCACCGAGAUCGGCACUGCAGUUGACAAGCUCAAUCGUCUUGAUAUCUUCCAUCAACCCAUCAGCACCUACAUCGACCGACCUGAUCAGACGGAGGCUACCUCGACGCCAACUGAUCAUAACGUCUUUGUGACGGUGAGGGAAAGAGGGAGGUACACCAUCCGCACAGGCACGGAAGCGGGGACAUUAGAAGGCAGCGCGUAUUUGAAUGUCGUCCUGCGCAAUUUGUUCGGUGGCGCGGAGAGUCUCAAUGCCAAUGCCAGUCUCGGCACACGCACGAGGAGCGCAUACAAUGCCUACUACGACACUCCCAUUUUCUCCAAUCCCGAUCUGAGGUGGGAGAUUGGUGGCCAAGCGAGCAGUACCCUCAAACCGUGGGCUUCACACGAAGAAGCGCUGAAGGGAGGGAGCACAAGAAUCUUAUGGCAGACGAGGCCGGGUCACCGUCACGACUUCACCUACUCCGGCUUCUGGCGACAGAUCACGGGUCUGGCGGAGAAGGCGAGCCCGACGGUUCGAACGGAUGCCGGCGACAGCUUUAAGUCCAGCAUCACGCACACUUGGACGAAUGAUACCAGAGACAUCCCAAUGAUGCCCAGCAGAGGUUACUUAUUCAAGACCAUUUCCGAGAUUGCCGGCCUCGGCCCAUUGGCAGGUGACGUGGCAUUUGGCAAGUUCGAAAUGGACUCUCAAGUCGCCCUGCCGGUUCCAGUUCCUGGAAUCAAAGGCGACUCCGGCAUCUCCUUCACCGCCGGCCUUCGAGGCGGUCUGCUCUUCCCUCUGACCCUAGCUGGUGAAAGCAGUCCAUCCCAGAGCCGUCUCAACGAUCGCUUCCAACUCGGCGGGCCAACCGACGUCCGUGGCUUCCGUCUCAAUGGACUCGGUCCUCACGACGGCGAAGACUCGGUGGGAGGAGACGUCUACGCCGCCGGAGGCGCCUCGCUCUACUUCCCGCUGCCACGCACAGGCAAAGACACUCCCCUCCGCUUACAAGCAUUCAUCAACGGUGGUCGCCUGCUCGCGCUGAACGAUACCCGCAAAGGAGACAGCAAAGACCAGGCAAUGGAUUCCAGCGAGGUGGCGCGCAGCGUGCGGCAGACUGUUGCUGAGCUUUUCAAUGGCCUGCCCAGCUGUGCGGCGGGCAUUGGGCUUGUAUAUGCGCAUCCGGCGGCGCGGUUCGAGGUCAAUUUCAGCUUACCGCUGGUUGUGAGGAAGGGAGAAGAGGGGCGGAAGGGGUUGAGUUUUGGGGUGGGCUUGACUUUCUUAUAG